UCUCUAUACGUAAGUAUAACGGACAGGCUUGCAUGUUUUCAAACUAUAUAAAGCUAACUGCAUUAACAAGACUGCGAUGAAUUAGGUGCAUUAAUUCAAACGUGUCGCUGUGUUGAACAAACAAUACCUAAAGUGAACCUAGAACUAAGCUUUAACUCUUGGGGCAUUCAUUAUUGCUUAAGCAAAUGCUAUUUAGUCGCCAUUCUUUUCUUUUUCUUAGUUCAUUUUACUUCGUCGCUUCCUUCCUGAAACAUUGCGUUAGUAACCCAAAUUAAAUUAUAGCGCUAAUAAUUAAACACCCCUGGAGAUUAUGUUUGCCACCAUGUUCUCCUCGUUCGAACACUAGGGGUCUAGUAGUGAGUUAAAUUGCUAAUAACCUAAUCAGCACUAUUGCAUAUGUCUAUAGCGCGCAUAUAUUUAUCUCUCCCUUUCCUUGGUUCCUACUGCGUCAGUUAUACAGAAAGAGGUACGGCAACACUACCACGCAGCAGACGACGUCUACGUCUACGACCAUUGCCAACGAUGAAGGGCCUCGUAGCAACGACACCGAGUACGCCCGAGGGCGGAAAAAGCCCUUAUACAGGAAGGUACACGGCAGUGCUACCGUGUCACAUAAGAUGCCAAAAAUCAAUGCCACCGGAGGUGAUCGUCGUACCGUGCACGCUCCAUCUCAAAAAGUAUUGUUGAUACCGCAGGUAAGCGGCUACGAGUCAAGCGCGGCCAAUUCUACGGCCUACCGACUUACAGAGGAGCAAACUGCCGUGCUCGUCGUCUACGUCAUAUUGCGCCUGGCAUUCAAGCUCGUUGCGCUGGCGGGCAUCAAGGACUACUCGAGCUACGUGAUGGCUCAGCGCCAGAGGCGGCAGCUGGUGAAGCGACUAGACUACGAGGCCCAGGAGACGAGCAUUAAGGACUCCAGCGGGGUUCAGACGCAGGACUCGAUGCGCGGCUUCUCGGUGCCCUUGCCAGUGAUGAUGCCGCCUGCCGAGCUCGCGCCCGUGCCACCGGAACCCCUGGCGCCCCCUCCAGGCCCCGUGCCGCCCCCUCCAGGCCCCCUGCCGCUCUCUCCAGGCCCCAUGCCGCAUCUAUUGCCGCCGGCUCCCCUACCUGGAAGUGCGGAGGCCAGCGACGCCCUGGUUUCCUGGAGUUCUCCCCUCCCAUAGGAAAUACGUAUUCGACGACAUUGUAAACUUUCCACGUAAUAUUACGUGUCCGAAUAGCUAUUUGUCCACCUCUUCCUUUAGGGCCCUCGGUGAUGCGCAGAGGGACGAGCAGUGUCGGUCAGUGACCCGUUGUCAAGUUCCUAAGGUGAUUCCAAGUACGUAGUCGGCAAGACCGACAUUAUUUUUGGGCACAUAGCACGCUGUGAUGUCCUGGUUGUAGUCAUACAAAAAAUUGGCAAAUGCGACACAAAGCAGCGCUAGGUUUUGACGGAUCGGGUAAAUGGAAGAUGUUGUGGUGUCGGUAAUUCUUGUGUGAAUACGUUUACCACAAAAAGUGACACGCUUUUGUUAUUGCUUUGCACAUUCUACGCCGCUGCAGAAUGUGAGCUAAAAAAGAAUUCAGCUACAUGAAGUAAGCAAAGCACAUGUUCACGCUCUUGAAUGAGAUGUGCGACACAUCUAGAAUGAAGUGAUAUAGUAGACGCAAAAUCAUGCUGUCUUUAACACCUGGAGAUAAUUUUACAAAUUUGCAGAAACCUGGAAAUGCCCAAUAUCGGUCUAAAAAAAUCACUCAUGUUGUUUGUCCUGUCGUUUCUUAAAAUACUCUCCUUGUUUGAAUACGCAUGAUGACACAGUGGGAUAUCAUUGCCCUCUUGGCACAGUGAUGGGCGGACUUCAACUUGCGUCACGAGAAAUCGUUGCUCUGAAUAAAGCAAGCAAAUUGUCA